AUGAUGACGCCGGUGAAGAAACAUUUUGCCAUUAGGCCGACGGAGUUCUACGGAAACGGUCUUCCCAGACCUCGUUUCUUCGAUAAUCCUCAGUUCAACUCUCACCGCGUUGAUCCGCCGCUUUCUGUUCUCGAUCCGCUUCUCACAUGGGCGAGAGACGCCCACUGGUCCAUGGGUGGUCUCAACUUCACGCGCCUCCGUCUCCAGGGCCGAAUCGAAGGAAACGUCGACAAGCUCCGUGCCCAGCUCGAGAAAUCCACUCCUGUAAAACUCGAAUCUGGGAGUUCCGAUAAGAAGAAGAAGAGAUCUGAUUACGAAUCUCCCCCUGCGGCUCCGGUCGCGGUGAAACGAAGGAGGUUCAUAGAUUUGAACGACGAUGAUGAUGAAGAGGUCGGAUCUGAAGAUGAAAGUGUGCCGAGUAUCAGGAGGAAACUCGCUGAUGAUUUCGAUCGAGUCGCUGGAGAGAUGAAGACCAAAGUGGUUAAAGCCAACAAGAAAUCGAAUGAAUCAGUGGGGAAGAAACUUGAAUCAGCGGUGAAAAGACUGAAGGAGAAGAAGACCCAGAAGGUUGAGGAGACAACGAGUUCAACGAGGACAUCUCCCAGAUUGGCAAAGCUUAGAUCGAGUUAG